AUGGUUAAAACAGGGGAAGUAGCAUUGCCUGGUGGCAAGAGAGACGAAGAAGAUUCAGAUUAUGUAGCCACAGCUUUGAGAGAAGCUCGUGAAGAAAUCGGUUUAGAUCCUUCUCUUGUUACAAUCGUUUCUGUUCUUGAACCAUUUGUUACCAAGGUUAUCGGUUUCUUGCCCGACAAGAAAGCAUUUAAACCGUUUCAAAAUCCAGCUGAAGUAGAAGAAAUCUUUGAUGUUCCGUUAGAGAUGUUCCUCAAGGACAAGAACAGGCGAGCAGAGGAACGAGAGCAUGAAGGAGAAAGAUAUCUUCUUCAUUACUUCGAUUACUGUUGUGAAGAUAAAGAGAAAAACUUUAUCAUAUGGGCACUCACUGCUGGUAUUCUGAUCAGAGUUGCCUCCAUUGUUUAUCAGAGAUCUCCAGAGUUUCAAGAACUCAAGCCAAGAUUCUGGAAUCAACCCAAACUGAUUCUUGACUUGGAUAUGAUUGGUAACAUUAAUGGAGAACAAACUUAG